ACGUCGGUUGGAUCGGAUCGGAACGGAUUGGUCGGAUCGGAGAUCGGUACGGAACGGAUAUAGCGGAGGAUAGCACAGAAUCGGUUGGUUGUUUACGUUGUUGCCAGCGCGCAGUGGAGUUUGCGAGGCGACACAUCCGACGUGGUUUAUGCUUCUGUGCGUCUCUGGUUCUCCAAUGUAAAAAUAAAAAUUGCUCCAAUAUGUGUGCGCGAAACGGCAUUUGAAACACUUUUUCGAAUCAACAACUUCGAUCGCGACAAGAAGUGCGAGUCGUCAGUGCGUUUGUCAGGGUCUUUGGAUUUGGAUUUGGAUACGCGGAUUCGUUACGCCGGUAUUACCGAUCCGAUCGGUUUUCAAAACGACAUCGAUAUUAUAGGCAAUUGAGCAUGAAAGUGGUGUGCUGGAUACUCGAAUUCCUGACAGUGGUACAACUGCUGCUGGUCGAAACUCAGAGUGGUCAUGUGCACGAGGCGAAGAGGGAAAUCUGGGAAGCAGUGGGUCACCAUCGACCCACCCACCAUCACUACCACGAAUCCCAUUGGGUGGAUGGGAGGAGGGUGCACCGCCUGCGGAUGCCGCACCACCACCGAUGGAGUGGGCGACGGAGGUCGCUCAACCACCAGCAGCCCUUCAGCCGGUGGUCGCCGUGGUCCUCCUGCGACGAGGAGUGCGUCAAAAGACGAGAGCGCUUCUGCAAGGUGAAGCGCAAGUGCGGACACACCAAGCACGUCGAGCAGAGCAAAUGUAGGCAUUGUCAUCCUGCACCUCCUACGAAAUGGAGGCAGCCGUUGAUUUUUGAAGAGACCCAUAUCCACGAGAGAAUCCCGCCACAACCGCAAUAUCAACCCCCACCUCAACCACAAUAUCAACCUCCACCUCAACCUCAGCCACAACCUCAACCACAACCACCUCCACCACCCCCUCCUUCGAUAAUCAUAAAUGCAGCGGCUGCGGCGUCAAGUGGUCCGACCCUGGAUUACCGGAUUUCUGGUUAUACAUCCCCAGCAAUUCCUACACCAUCUUAUCCCCCAUCUUAUCCACCAACUCAUCCAUCAACUCAUCCACCUAUUUAUGCACCCACAUACCCUCCAAGUCCUCCUCCAGCUCCACCAACUCAUCCUCCAACUUAUCCUCCAACUCAUCCACCAACUUAUCCAUCAACACAUCCCCCUUAUCUCCCUCCAUCUCAUCCACCUACUCCCCCUCCAACUCACCCAACUCCACCACCAAAAUCCGAAGAGAUGGUUCGUCAUCUGCCGGGAUAUCAUGGUAAAGAUACAUACAGCGAUGAGGAUAUAGAAGAUGAACCUGAGGUUGAAUCUUAUCCUGAACCUGAUGAAGACUUUAUAAGUUCCGAUGAACAGGGAGACUUUUUUGUACUGAAGCAUCAUCGCCAUAGAAGACGUCAAAAUCGUAAAAAGCCUCAUUAUAGAAAACCCAUAAAAGAGGACUCUGGUGAAGAUGACUUCGUGGACUUUGGUGAAAGAAAGUCACUGAGGCCCAAAAAUCUAGGGGAAGAGAGCAGUGUCGAGGGAGACGUGUUCCAAUACGAGGAUUUCGAUCUGGAGCCUGAUACUAACUAUGCAGAUUCCGAAGAAUCAGACAACGAAUUCCGAAAUAUCAGCUGGGUGCAACCUCCCAAGGAUGGAUUGGUUCUCAGGAGAAGAAGGGUCUACUCCAAAUGGAGUCGAUGGUCAAAAUGCUCGCCAAAGUGUACCACAAGGAGAUAUAAAAAAUGCCGGCUCAACGAUCAGUGUGGGCGGGAGGUUCUCCGGGAGAUCGCAUAUUGCUACACGGAGGGCAGUUUUUGCCAGCAGUGGCUGCAGACGCAGUUUCAGAAGACUCCCGCCUUCGAGACGAGACCCGUGUCCAAUUCCCCGGCCAAUGCCAUGCGGAGGAUGCAGUCCGAGCAGCCGGAGGUGUCCAUGAAUGACCUUAACUACAUUAUGACGGGAACGGGCUAUCGCGGAAAGGAGUACACUCCGUUGAAACUGCAGUGUGGUAUUGUUCGCAGUGGAACUGGUCGAAGGAGCAUGUCCAACAUGCUGAAGAUCAUCGGAGGACGGGCGGCGAGGAAGGGCGAAUGGCCGUGGCAGGUGGCCAUCCUGAAUCGAUUCAAGGAAGCAUUUUGUGGAGGUACUCUCAUUGCUCCACGAUGGAUUCUAACCGCCGCCCAUUGUGUGCGGAAGGUGCUCUACGUUCGGAUAGGUGAACACAACCUUAACUAUGAGGAUGGUACGGAGAUUCAGCUGAGGGUAAUGAAGAGCUUUACGCAUCCCAAUUUUGAUAAGCGUACGGUGGAUAGCGAUGUGGCAUUGCUCAGGUUACCCAAAGCUAUUAAUGCCACCACUUAUAUUGGAUACUCCUGCCUGCCACAGCCUUUCCAGGCGCUACCCAAAAAUGUAGAUUGCACGAUAAUUGGAUGGGGAAAGCGGCGCAACCGAGAUGCUGCUGGAACCAAUGUGCUCCACAAGGCCACUGUACCUAUAAUACCAAUGAAUAACUGUCGGAGUGUUUACUAUGACUACACUAUUACUAAGAACAUGUUUUGCGCUGGUCAUAAAAAAGGUCACAUCGACACUUGUGCCGGGGAUUCGGGAGGUCCUCUCUUAUGUCGCGAUACCACCAAACCCAAUCACCCGUGGACCAUCUUCGGCAUCACCUCAUUUGGGGACGGAUGUGGCCAGCGGAAUAAGUUCGGCAUCUACGCCAAGGUGCCCAAUUACGUGGACUGGGUGUGGUCGGUGGUUAACUGCAAUGGCAACUGCAAGAUGCAGUAGCAUCUCGGUGGGUACUUAAGUUGUCGGGGACUUGGGUCCGUCAAGUUGUAGAGGCUGUGAAAAACAAAUUUACACUUUAAGUGUCCGAUCCGUGGGAGAAAUCUUCGCUCGAUCACCAUGUCACAAUUCAUUAUGUGCUCAUUAUACGAUCCUAAAGCUAGAUAACUAGAAUCUAAGGAUCCCCUAUGGUCAUUUCGAACAAAGUCGAUUUUAAUUGUAGACAAGCAAAUAUUUAUGUAAUUAAAUUUCUAAAAAAAAGCACCUACUAAUAGAAAGUCGUAUUUUUGAUGGGGAGGCAUUUGUGUUUUCCUAAAUAUGUUAAAAUAAUCUUCUAAUGUAAAUAACUAAAUUUAUGUUACUCGUUAAAUUUUAUAUUUAAUAAAUAAUUGAAUUCUCCUGUAAGUUAAUUAAAUAAAACUCUGAGAUUAAAAAACCAACAAAUCUGGAGAAAAAAACCUCAAAAACUAGUAAUUCAAAUUAAUGUGCUAACUUUUGACUUUAUUUUAAUCUCUAACUCUAAAUAAAAGGUUACAAGCCUAUCAACUGUAAAUAAAAAUAGUUCGAACUUUCUGCAUAUCAGACUAAGUGCAACCUAUAAUAUACGCCUUAAACCGAUCUAAUCCCAUUAAAAUGUAAAAAACGAUUUUAAACAUAAGGAACAGAUUCUUUCCUUAUAAGCGUACCAAAGAUUCACAGAUAUGUACAUUACUUAUUAGUUUAUUAUAUUGGUGUUAAAUGCUGCACAGUUUUGCUUCCACAAUAAAACUAUUUAACGUGAUCCCUAUA